AUGGCGUACAAUGGGCUCAAGGAUCCUGGUUUUGGCCACCGGACUUUACGCCAUAAAACACAGUAUUCGAGGUAAUUGACUACAUAUUCUAAUUUACUAUUAUUCGCAAACGCUUUACUACCGUUCCGCAACGCUUUACUAUCGUUCCCCAACGCUUUACUAUCGUUCCCCAACGCUUUACUACCGUUCCCCAACGCUUUACUAUCAUUCCCCUAACGCUUUACUAUCAUUCCCCAACGCUUUACUACCGUUCCCCAACGCUUUACUAUCGUUCCCCAACGCUUUACUAUCGUUCCCCAACGCUUUACUACCGUUCCCCAACGCUUUACUAUCAUUCCCCUAACGCUUUACUAUCGUUCCCCAACGCUUUACUACCGUUCCCCAACGCUUUACUAUCGUUCCCCAACGCUUUACUAUCAUUCCCCAACGCUUUACUACCGUUCCCCAACGCUUUACUAUCGUUCCCCAACGCUUUACUACCGUUCCCCAACGCUUUACUAUCGUUCCCCAACGCUUUACUAUCAUUCCCCAACGCUUUACUACCGUUCCCCAACGCUUUACUAUCGUUCCCCAACGUUUUACUACCGUUCCCCAACGCUUUACUAUCGUUCCCCAACGCUUUACUAUCGUUCCCCAACGCUUUACUAUCAUUCCCCUAACGCUUUACUAUCAUUCCCCAACGCUUUACUAUCAUUCCCCUAACGCUUUACUAUCAUUCCCCAACGCUUUACUACCGUUCCCCAACGCUUUACUAUCAUUCCCCAACGCUUUACUAUCAUUUCCCAACGCUUUACUACCUUUCCCCAACGCUUUACUAUCGUUCCCCAACGCUUUACUACCGUUCCCCAACGCUUUACUAUCAUUCCCCAACGCUUUACUAUCAUUUCCCAACGCUUUACUAUUGUUCCUUAACCCUUUACUAUGUAUCUCUCCCCAACGCACCACCGCUCAAAUUUUAUUUCUAAAUUGAAGAUGUUAAAAUAUAAAAAUAAAUAAUUGGGGGAACGGUUAUGCACCGUUGGGAACUAUAAUGCCCUGGGUAGUAAAGAACUUAUGUUAAAGUCCUGUAAGUCUUUCUGAUUCUAAAAAUCGUUUCCAAAAGGAUUUUUAAAAAGCUUUUUUACGUUUAGAACCACUUUUUUGAAGCUUUCAAGGGAUCUAACUAAACACUUACAUUGUUUGAAAGACAAUACAAUAAUUUGAACCGCUUCCAUUUCCAUUUAGUUGAGGUAGCUUUUUUACAAUUUUUAGAAGUUUGAAGCGCUUUUUUUAAGCCAAAAAUCUUAAAAAACUGCAAAUGCAAGAGAUGGUGAAUGUUUUGGCAAAAUUAGAUGAAGGUGCUGGUAGUUCAAACAGACCGAAUAUUGAUUUUUAUGAUUUUACAGAUACUAUGGUAAGUUGUACUCAAGACCUGGCUUUUACAUUGUACUCAAGACCUGGCUUUUUACAUCUUUCUGGCUUCCAAUUCUCUUUUUUAUUCCCUUCAGCUUGAUGUUAUAGUAGGACUUUAAAAUUAACACUAAAAUAUUUGAUUAAUUUCAGUUCAGAGUACAUCUACAGCACCUUCAGAAGUUGAAUCCAAACCUACAAAUAGAAAUAAUAACAACAACCUUUUAAAAUGGCAUCGAGAUCUACCUUCUCCAUCAUUUUCUGUUCAACUCAACCGAAUAAAAGAAGAAUAUUAUCCUCUCAACUACCCGAUGCAUCUAACGCAAUUUUCUCACAAAACUGAAGUCAAAUUUGAUCAUACAAUUGAUUACUUGAUCACCUGGAGAGACACUCAUGAUUGUUGUGGCAUGGUGAAGUCUAAAGAUGAUUUGGGGGAUGGGGUGCCUAUCGUCAUUAGAUUUGGAGGACAUUGGAGCGAGAAGGAUGUUAGGAGAUUGUAUAUUGGAUUUACGGUACGAGUGAAGUCGAUGUACAGAGUUGGUGCUGUUGGGAACUGUAGGAAGGAAGCUGACAUUGUAUCAAGCAAAAAUUGUAUUAACGACAUAAUGUUUUCUGGUAUGUUUUAGGGCUUAUUAGGUUGAGUAUUGGUGCUAUUGAGUAUAGGGGAGAAGGUAAAUUACUAUAUUAUUUUUAGCUGUAAUUUACGAUUCUCUUACUGUAAGCUUAAUAUAUCUUUUUAGCAAUUCCAUUUCCGACUGCCAUAGCUUGUGAGUGGGCAGUAGUACACAAGCCUAAGAUUGUUCGUACGUUGGGUAUGGUACUGGAAGAUUAUACAUGGGAAAACAAGAAUGGAUUAGUAUUGGCAGGCUUAGUUCAAGACAGUAAAUUCAACAAUAAAGUUAUGGUAUGUCACGAACGAUGGCCUGUACCUCAAAUGAAGAAGAUACCAGAGUUCGGGAGAGCUGUGGUCAUCAAUUAUGUUGAGGUAGGUUUAUAUAACGUAUAGGGUUGGGUAGGGUAGGUGAGGGUAGGGUUUGAUAGGGUAGGGUAGGGUACGGUAGGGCAGGAUAGGGUAAGUUAGGGUAGAGUAGCUUACAGUUCAAAAACGACAAAUUGAAAUUUUACUUUUAAUUUCAAACUUCAACUUAAAUUUUCAGUUAAACGAGCCCCAUACUGUAUACCAAUGCAGAGACAAAGGGCUGUUAAUGCCUGAUUAUAUGAGCGGUGUUAGUGUUAAUGCUAAUUACCACGGCGAAAGCCACCAUUUUGUUUGGAUUGAUCUCACUUUUGAGCCACGACGAUUUGAUGAUUGUUGA